UUGUUUUAUUCGUGUAGUCCAAGCUGGCAUGCAAAAUAGUAGUCAUAUUUUAGAAGUUCCAGGAAAUUUCCAUACAGAACAUCAUAUAAAUUUCCAUAAUAAAGAGGAAUCAUUAGAUUAUUCAGAUACAUCAGAACCAAAGGAACCUCUACUUGAAGAAGAAAUUGCUGAUGCAGAUAGAAGAGUUCUGCAAGAAAUAAAACAAUUAGAAAAUGAACUUCCGAAGUGGCAAGUCGUAGUUGACUGUAUAACUGGUGUAAGUCUACCUGAUUUUGAUAAUAAGACGCUGGCAGUUUUAAGAGGUCGAAUUGUGAGAUACCUGAUACAGUCUAGAGAGGUAACACUUGGUCGUUCAGCAAAGGAUAACAAUGUUGACAUUGAUCUGUCACUAGAAGGUCCGGCUCUGAAAAUUUCUCGCAGGCAAGGAAUAAUAAAGAUGGAUAACAAUUCUGAAUUUUUUGUCAUAAAUGAAGGUAAAAAACCGAUUUUUGUGGACGGAAAACCUGUGAUAAAUGGAAACAAAUGUAAGCUGAGUAAUAAUACUGUCAUAGAGAUUACGAUGUUGCGUUUUAUAUUCAUCAUAAAUCAAGAAGCUAUUGCUGCUCUGAAAACAAAAAAUAGCUGUUAACUCUGUGCUGCAAAUCAAAUUCUGAGAACUUUAAAAUCAGUGGAAAAGUGAAUGUCACAUAAAACUUGAAUUAACAUUGCAUAUUAGAAGAAAAAUGUGUAACUAAAUCAUAUUUUACAUACUCAUUCACCAUAUUUUUGUAUAUGAAUGUGCAUUUUAUAAACAUCUGAUGUAUAAUAAAAAUCUGAAUUUUCAUCCUUUUAAAAAA